AUGUACGCCACGACCCGAUUUUUGCUCAAGUGGAUCAUACAUCAGCAUUGUUCCUGCGACUACCACCACCUAUCCGCCACCACCCUGUCCCUCUAUGACCUGUGUGCCCGUCAUUACCACACCUACCGCUUCCACUCCUUUGCCAGAUCCGAUUAUCACACCCUUUGCGGGCGCCGAGCAUGGAUAUAG